GCCGGCAGAGACACACGAACGGUGGUAAUAUCCACGGGCUGGAGGCAGGAGGAACAAAGAAAGCCGUCCUUUCACUUCGUCAAUAUCCACACAUAUCCACGUCGGAGAGGCACGUUUUUUAAAAAUUACUUUGAACACUUUGAGCACUGUUAAAUGUCUCUCUGCGUCGCGAGUGCCGCUGCGCUGUUUCGCUGAGGAAAGAGGAAACUUGGCGUCGAGAGGUUUUUGUCGGGUCGCCUUUCUCCAAACCUGGAUAUCUUGAAGGUAGCGCACGGAAGUAACCAGAGUGUGAUACUGUGACCCGUGUUGUCUUGGAAGAGAUGCACUUUCUGCAGGACGCGUGCAUUCGGAUGGAUUAAGAGGACUGUGUUUCCCCCUGGCUGAAGGCGUCUUGAGUCCUAUAGCACCUUUCCACCCAGCACCCUUUGUGUUACCACUGCGCCCAUGAGGUAACGUCAGGACCCAACCCCCCCUCAUUACCACCCUCAGUCCAUCCCCCCCCUCCCCCGUCCCUUCCUCCCUCGAUCCUCCCAGCCAUGGGCCAGAAGAUCUCUGGCAGUAUAAAGUCAGUGGAUGUUCGCGGGGAGCCCUCAUACCGGCCGGUACGCCGCGAGCUGCGGGGUCCGGACUUCUGUCGGCCCCCGCGGCUCGACUUGCUGCUGGACAUGCCGGCGGCGAGCCUCGAGACGCAGCUCCGCCACGCCUGGAACCCCGACGACCGGUCGCUCAACGUCUUCGUGAAGGAGGACGACAAGCUGACAUUUCACCGGCACCCGGUGGCUCAGAGCACGGACUGCAUCCGUGGGAAGGUGGGCUACACCCGGGGGCUCCACGUGUGGCGGAUCCACUGGCCGGCCAGACAGAGGGGCACGCACGCGGUGGUGGGCGUGGCCUCCGCCGAAGCCUCCUUACACUCGGUGGGCUACACUGCGCUGGUGGGAUCGGACUCCGAGUCCUGGGGCUGGGACCUGGGCCGGAACAGACUCUACCAUGACGGAAAGAACCGGCCCGCCUCCACGCCGGCCCCCACGUACCCCUGCUUCCUGGAGCCGGACGAGUCCUUCGUCCUGCCGGACUCUUUGACGGUAAUAAUGGACAUGGACGAGGGAACGCUGAGCUUCAUGGUGGACGGACAGUAUCUGGGAGUAGCGUUCAGAGGACUUAAAGGAAAGAGACUGUAUCCCAUCGUCAGCGCGGUGUGGGGGCACUGUGAGGUCACCAUUCGCUACGUCAAUGGACUAGAUCCGGAGCCCCUCCCCCUCAUGGACCUGUGCAGACGAGUAGCUCGACUGGCUCUGGGCAGAGAGCGCAUCCAUCAAAUUGAUACCCUCCCUCUGCCGCAGACGCUCAAGAACUACCUCCAGUACCAGUGACACCCCCCCCCCCACACACACACACACACUCGGGAGAGGCCCAUUUGUUGUGAUGGUUACAGCCUCCAAACUGAACCUAAUCGCAACCAUCAGACAUCUGCUGAGGACGUGGACGAUGACUACAAACAGGAGGUGGAGGCGGCGCUGAACAGGGAUUUGUUUACAACAGUUGGGUCUCUCUUUUUGUUUUCUCUUUUAGUUGUUUACCUCCUCCUGUCUUCCUCCUGGACAUAUGACUAGAGGAGCUGGUGGAUGAGAUGAGGAUCCAGUCUCCUGAUGGCCGGACAUUCUGUGGUGGUGGGUGACAGUCCCCCGUCCCCCCCCCCACACACACACACUCUGUUGAAGCCUUCUCGUAAACAUGUUGGUAUUUAUAUUUAUGUUCCCAACAACACAGCCGGCUCUGUGGAGAUGCAACAAACCCUCUGAGCCCACGGGGGAGGGAGAGGGAAAGCAAGCAUGAGAGAGAGAGAGAGAGGAGGAGCACACACACACACACACACACACACACACACAGAUCUAUUUCCGUGCACCACACAUGCAUUACAUACAGUGUGUACACAGAAACAAAGCUCCGAGUGUUUGUAGUAAGAAGACAACUAACUGACAUCAGGAUGUACCACCUACAGGCUGGAAAACAAGUCUGGAUUGAACGCUUGAGUCCUCUCCACUCCUCUCCCCCUCCCCCCGUCUCUUCAUCCCUCGCUGCGGUUUGAUUUAAGCCUCCUCCGUGUUCGGUGAACUCAAAGGACCUGAUAGAGAUUUAUCUGCAGGUGAAGCUGUGUCUUUGAACGCUAACGUGCCUGCUCCGAGACAACGACGAUAAAGAAUACAAAAAGCACAUGUCAACACUUCUGCUGUCAUAUUUAAAAUGCUGCUUUUUCAUCUUCUUUUUUUUUGUUCCUGAUUUUACUUCUGAAAAAUGAUGGUCUUAUGAUGAGAUUCUUUUUUAAUUAUUUUUCCUUUCUCCCAUUCCAUGGAGGAUGAGAUGUGUAGAAAAAUGUGCCGCCAUGAGGAUCUUUUAAAUGUGAAUAAGAAUAAACUCCGCUGAACUCGCA